UGUCGCUCCAGCUGUCAAACGGUAACAACUUUAACAGCUGUGAGUGUCGCGACUGUUAAUGUUAGACUGUGUGUCAUACUAACAAAUGUACACCGUGGAGAUAGAUAAGCAGAGCCUGACUGCAGUAAUGGACCAUGAAAAAACUAUUUGGAUAAAAGAGGAAACAAGUGAGAUAUCAGGUUCACCAGGUUCCAUUGUCCAGGUAUACCCCUGUAGUGUGAAAAUAAAGGAAGAACCACAGGAGACUGGGAAUCAAGAGUUACUUCAAGAUCCAUUAAAAAUUGAGGCUCCAUUUUACAACACAAAGGAAGAUCCAGGACUGAAAUUGAAUGUGAGUCUCUCUGAACAUAGUUAUCUGGAAGAUCCAUUUAUAGCCUCGGGGUCCACUGAUCAUAUUAAGGAGGAUUCAGUACUAAAUUUAGGAGCAGAAGAAAUUGAGACUUUUAUGUUCAGCCAUCCCGAAUAUGAUCCUCUGGGAGUUAAGAUGGAGGAGGUGGAAGCCUCAACAAGAUAUGCAUCUGAUAGUGCAAGAUUGACUCAGACUACUGGUGGGAGCUGUGGCAUAUCAUGUGGAGAAAUUUAUCACCAAGGGCUGGUCCAGGAUGAUUCGGUGAUAGACAAGGAGAAGUCAACACAUGAGUUUGGUACAGAAAAUGUGACUAUUGACAAGGAAUGCUCAGUUGCCACCCAAUAUGACUGUAGUAAGAGAGAAAAGGAAUUACUUCUAUUUAGCUGUGAUUUCUGCCAACAGAACUUUCCUUCAAAAUACAGACUCAUAAUGCAUGUGUUUAUGCACAUUGAUGGCAUGCAGCCACCUUUGUAUGUUUGUAAGUGGUGUGGUGAGGUAUUUCACAGUAAGGUUAGUUUGAAAACACAUUUGAGAAUGAGAGAGAAUUAUCAUGUCUUAACUGCUGGCCACCAUGAAAAAUAUGACUAUAGUGAUGAGCAUCAAAGCAGUAUCUUCUUGGAUAGUGAGCCAGAAGUUUCUUUUACAGAACACAUUGAACAGUCUUCAUAUGAGGAAACUUGGAAAAUUUCAAAGAAGGCCUCUAAUGACAUGUGUAACAGACACAUGACAAAUGAUGCAGAGAAAACAAGUGCUUAUAGAAUUUUAUCUACAGCUGUUAAUCUCAGUGCCCAGGCUGAUCUAUAUAUUGCAAACAGAACCAACAAAUGUGGUAUUUGUGCCAAAUGGUUUGCAAGGUCAGGCGAUCUGAAGACACAUUUAUUAAUUCACACUGGAAUGAAACCUCACAAAUGUGAGAUUUGUGAGAAAUCUUUUACUUUGUUAGCCAGUCUCAAGAAGCAUUCAUUAAAUCACACUGGAAAGAAACCUCACAAAUGUGAGAUUUGUGGAAAAUGUUUUGUUAGAUCAGAUUGUCUCAAGACUCAUGAAUUAAUUCACACUGGAAAGAAACCUCACAACUGUGAGAUUUGUGGGUAAUCUGUUGCUACGUCAAGCUAUCUUAACAGACAAACAUUAAUUCACACUGGAAAGAAACCUCACAAAUGUGUCAUUUGUGGGAAAUCCUUCGGUAGGUCAGGCACUCUCAAGAGGCAUAUAACAAUUCACACUGGAAAGAAACUUCACAUCUAGAAAAGACCUCACAAAUGUGAUAUUUGUGGCAAAUCAUUUACUACAUCAGGUGAUCUCAAGACACACGCAUUAGUCCACAUGGGAAGGGGACCUCACAAAUGUGAUAUCUGUGACAAAAGUUUCACUCAGUUGGGUACUUUCAAGACACAUGCAUUACUUCACAUCAGAAAGUAACUACAAGUAAUUGUUAGUUUAUGCAAAUAGAUAUUCCUGGUUGGUGCCCUAAAGGCCUAUAAAAUAAUGAAUGUAGUAGGGGGACAAUAAAUUGUAAUGCCUGUGGAAUAACAUUAAAGUGCAAUAAUGUGUACUAUAUUGAGGUAAGAGAUAAUGUGAAAUACAAAAAUCACUAUCUGCAGCUUGAGAUGUUAAGAAAUUGUAUUACUAAAUACUCCAGAAACAUGAAUCAAAUGUGUUUUUGUCAUUAACACUGUCAAUAGUUAUAAUUACCACGCAAUAUUCAGUAUAAGGCCAAGGAAAUGUGAUGACUUGCUGCUUAUUAUUCCAAACAUGGUCAUUAUGUAGUACUUGUAACUCUGCAUUUGAGAAAGUGACAGCAAAAAUAUAUUCAUGGCACUUCCUUCACUGAGGUUCAUAAACUCAACACUGGAGAUCCAUGAUUAUGGCAAUUAUUUUACUCAGAUAUUUUUCCUCAAGAGAUAUGCU